AUGCUCCGGAGACGUGAGCUGAGGGAUAACAGUGACCCUUUUUCUCUGAGUGAAAAUGAUGCAGUGCAGUACUUUAGGCUAAGCCGCAAAGCGUUUAAAUUUUUGUUGAAUGUAACGUUGUUCCCGCCAACUUCCAGAUACACUGCUAUGCCUUCUGUAUUGAAACUAGCGACCACAAUCAAUCUCCUUGCUAGUGGGUCGUAUCAAGUGAAUGUAGGAUUGAUUGGAAUGGCCCAACCAUCAGUUUCAUUAGUGUUUAAUGAAGUGAUACUUCUGUUGGAGAGAACUAUAUGCGAAAACUUGAUAAAAUUAGAUCCAGUAUCGUUUUUUGACAAAUUCAAAAUACCCCGUGUAGUGGGGUGUAUUGAUGGUACUCAUAUACCGAUUUUGAGACCUGAUGAACACAUGUACUUUAACUGGAAAGGGUUUCACAGUAUCAACGCUAUGAUGAUAACCGAUCAUAAUUAUCGCAUCCUGGCUGUAAACCCCUGCUACGGUGGCGCCGCUCGUGAUUCCUUUGUGUGGAGCAUGAGUGAAGAGCGAGAAUAUUUCGAGGAAAAUUUCCGAAAUGGGCAAUCGAGAUUGUUAGGUGAUAGUGGAUAUGGGCUAGCACCAUGGUUGUUGACGCCAUAUCGUAUUGUCAAUGAAGGCUCCGGAGAAGAAACAUUGCCUGUUAACAAACCGACGGAUGGACCGUGUCCACGUGGAGAUCCCCUGAGUCUCCUCGGACAGAUUUAUUUAACGGAUCCGUCCGCUUCCAGCCGGUCGACGAUUGCCGGGGAAAUUCCGUCCAUCGGGGAGAAGUUGCUGCGCUCGGGUGUGGUGAAUUAUUCUGCGAACGAAGAAGACAAGGCUACACUUAAGCGUUCCUCCGGCAUGGCAUGGACGUCCAACUAA